GUUUACGCUGUUUUGGAUAGACUAAUUCUGAUUGGGUAGUUGUAUUGAUCUAAAAUGCGCGAGUGUAUAAGUAUUCAUAUUGGACAAGCUGGUGUCCAAAUUGGGAACUCGUGCUGGGAACUUUACUGUCUGGAACACGGAAUUUCUGAAGACGGCGAAGUUUUUGCUGAUGACACCAAUGACUCUUUCAGUACUUUCUUCAGCGAGACAAGUGCAUCCAAACGUGUGCCACGUGCUGUUUUCGUGGAUCUGGAGCCAUCAGUUGUCGAUUCGGUCAGGACAGGCAAAUACCGUAGACUCUAUCAUCCUGAACAACUGAUCACUGGUAAAGAGGACGCAGCCAACAACUAUGCUCGAGGCCAUUACUCUGUGGGGAAGGAGAUUGUUGAUUUAGUUUUGGACAGGAUUCGAAAACUUUCUGAAAAUUGCCAGGGUCUUCAGGGAUUCCUCUUGUUCCAUAGCUUUGGUGGAGGAACUGGAUCGGGAUUUACUUCUCUCUUGAUGGAAAGGCUCUCUGUCGAUUACGGGAAGAAGUCUAAGCUGGAGUUCUCUGUAUACCCAGCUCCCCAGGUUUCGACGGCAGUUGUGGAACCUUACAAUGCAAUUCUAACGACGCAUACGACUCUCGAGCACUCGGACUGUGCCUUCAUGGUUGAUAACGAAGCCAUUUAUGACAUCUGUCGAAGAAAUCUGGACAUCGGAAGACCAUCUUACAGUAACCUAAACCGGUUGAUAAGCCAGAUCGUCUCUUCCAUAACGGCUUCUCUUAGAUUUGAUGGCGCUUUGAACGUGGACCUGAACGAAUUUCAGACUAACCUUGUACCUUACCCUCGAAUCCACUUUCCACUUGUAACUUAUGCUCCAAUAAUAUCUGCUGAAAAGGCCUACCAUGAACAGCUAUCUGUUUCGGAAAUCACCAACUCGUGUUUCGAACCUAUAAACCAAAUGGUGAAGUGCGACCCUCGUCACGGAAAGUAUAUGGCCUGUUGCAUGUUGUAUAGGGGUGAUGUGGUGCCCAAGGAUGUGAAUGCAGCCAUCGCUGCCAUAAAGUCAAAGAGAACGAUACAAUUUGUAGACUGGUGUCCAACGGGAUUCAAGGUGGGCAUCAACUACCAACCCCCCACGGUCGUGCCGGGGGGAGAUCUAGCUAAAGUCCAGCGUGCCGUCUGCAUGCUCUCCAACACGACUGCUAUCGCCGAGGCGUGGGCUCGCCUCGACCACAAGUUCGACCUUAUGUAUGCUAAAAGAGCCUUCGUUCACUGGUACGUAGGAGAGGGGAUGGAGGAAGGGGAAUUUUCGGAAGCUCGGGAGGAUAUGGCUGCUUUGGAGAAAGAUUACGAAGAAGUCGGUAUAGAUUCAAGCGAAGAUGCAGAUGAAACUGAAGAUUUUUGAGUGUUUUGAUUCUACUUUCUGUUGUAUUGAUGUUUCGUGUUUGAGUCUUUGUACCAAGUUCUUUUAAAUUAAA